GGUUUAAUAAAAGAAAGGAGGGGUUAUGUUAUGUGGUUGUGGCUUUAGGCUACAAGCAAAGGACACGAAGAUUGGUCUCUUAGUGUGAACAUACUCUGUGGUUCGCCCUUCUUCUUCUUCAAUCUCCGCCCCACAAUCUCAACUCUAAAUAAGCUGUUCACUUCCAAUCCCUCUAAUUUCAGUUCAAUUAAGAGAAUAUUCAUAUAUAUGCCCCCUUGAGCUUCUGAUCCUAUUCUGAACAACCAGUUCAACUCUGUACCUGUAUACUGCCGAUACUACCUUAUUGAAGAUGAUAUCAUAUGAUUCACUUCUGAUCGUUGAGAAAGACAUUGGUUGAAAUUUUUGCUGAAUGAUAUAAUAAAAAACGUAGUGGCUGCAUUGUUUGGAAGAUCAUGUCAGGUUGUGCAGUAACUUCUUUUUAACAUGCUGGAGUAUUCGCUAUUCGUUAAACGACAUCUUGACCAUGGGAUAAUCCCUAGAUCGGUGGGAUGUCUCGUGACAUAAGUCAAGGUUCAUGUAAGCUGACCUAUACACUCACAUGUAUCAAAAAAGAAUUGGAAGAAACUUUUGUGUGAGAUGGUACAUGCUUUAUGAAUGGGAUGCUAGGAAAGUCGUUGGCGUCCCCCAUAUCAACCAUUGAUUCUGCUACUCGUUUCUGCUGUUCUACUCGCUGCACUGCCACAGCCAUAUCAGAUGCUGUAUGUUCACAUGUGAGUUUCUCCUGUCAUUCUGCAAAGCAUACGAUAAAGGGUGUGAGAAGACAAAAUCCCUAUCCUAGGAAGUGGGAAAUCUGUUCAUCUACUCAAGUUGAAAGCUUAAUAUUAAGUGAUGAAGAUAAGAAGACAUGGGAGGCUUGUCGGCAAGCUCUGUCUGUGUUCAGCUUCAGUGUUGAGGAGCAAGAUAAGAUGCUUGGAAAGGCGUUCGGCCACAUUCAUUCACCCUACUGGGGUGAAGACAGAGAGAAGAAAGUUCCUAAUAUUGAAAUUGUAAAUGAUAUACUGGAAUAUCUGAGGACGCUUGGCCUUUCUAAUGACGAUCUCUCUAAGCUGCUAAAGAAAUUCCCGGAAGUUCUUGGCUGCAAUCUUGAGCAGGAGCUGAAAACCAACGUACAAUUGUUGGACAAAGAGUGGGGAAUUCAAGGCAAAUCACUAAGGAAUCUUCUUCUGCGUAAUCCCAAGGUAUUGGGUUAUUAUGUUGAUUGUAAAGGGGACUGCAUAGCAAAAUGCACCAGAUGCUGGGUUCGAUUCUAGGUACAUUUUCUUUUCAGAAUUUCUUAUAUUGACUAAUGAUAUUGAACUGUAGCCACAACACUGUAUUCAUGCAUAUUAAAUUGUUAGAAUUAAGAAUAUAAACGGUCAAACCUUGUACAACAAUUCAAUGUUCAGAGAAAGAUCUUCUUCAACUAAACACAUAAGAGUUCGAAAUUGUGAAAUGGGAAGCAAGACAAUUGAAUAUGUUUAGCUUAGCG